AUGGGCUCAAAAACACAAGAAACAUUAAAACAAGAGAUAGAAGCCAAUCUUUCAGUAGAAGAAAAAGAGGUAUAUGAAAAGCUUUUUCAUGAAGCAGAUAAAGAAAAUAUUGGAGUUCUUUUAGGAGAACAUUCAAUCAGUUUUUUUGAGAAGACAGGGCUUUCGCCUCAAAUUCUUAAAGAGAUAUGGAAAAUAGCAGAUAAUGAAAACAUGGGAUUUCUUACGCAAAAAAAAUUCAAUAUUGCACUUCGUUUAAUUGCACAUGCUCAAGAAGGACGCCAUCCAAGUUCAGAUUUAAUUAAUUCAAAAUGCUCAUUACCGAAAUUUAAUAGUGAAAAGGCGAUAAAUUGGAAUAUGCCUUCUCAAGUAUCAAAUAUAAUUCCCUUAAUAACAAUGGAAGAAAAGAAUCGCUAUCAAAACAUGUUUAAAAGCCUUAAACUGACUAAUGGUCUUGUAAAAGGAUCACGCGCAAAAACAAUAUUCUUACGAACACACUUACCAAAUGAAAUAUUGGGUCAAAUAUGGAAUUUGGUUGAUAUUCAGCAUCGAGGUGCUUUAAAUAUUGUGGAAUUUACUGUUGCUAUGCAUUUAAUUCAUUCACUUAUAAGUGGAUCAUUAAAAACUCUUCCUUCUGUUUUAUCUCCUGAAGUUUUUAAAAUGGCAUCUGGCAAAACACAUAACCGUGAACCUUCUCAAAGAAUUGUUUCCAGUAAUUUAAGUCCAGAAAAUUCUGUUAAUUUAAAUUUAAAUAAUUUUAAUGAUUUUUCGCAAAAGUAUAAUAAACAUCAACAUAUAACUACUCAAUCUAAUAUUUUUUCUCAAUUUGACUCGAAUGUAACGAAUGACUGGAAUAUAAAGCCACACGAAAAAUCUCAAUAUAUCAAUUUAUUUAAAUCAAUUAAUAAAGCCAAUGAUGAUUAUGUAACAGGUGAUGAAGCAGUAUCAUUCUUUUUGUCAUCAAAAUUACCAGAAGAAACUUUAGCACAUAUUUGGGAUCUGGCUGAUAUAAAUAAAAGUGGCAAACUUAAUACAGAGGAAUUUAUCAUUGCAAUGCAUUUAAUACGGCAAAAACUAGCAGGUACAGAUCUUCCGGCAUCUCUUCCACAAGAACUUAUCCUAUCUCUUUUACAAAAAGAUUUUCCCCAGGAAAAUACAAUUUUUUUUUCAUCGUAUAAUCAGGAUCCUUCUAGUUCUACAAUAUCAGAGUCACUCGAUUUAAAUAAUUCAUUUUCUUCACAAGCACACGCUACAUCUCCAUCUAUUCCAUCGUCAGUUUUUUCAAUUAAGCAAUCUACAGACUCGUAUAUGGAAACUCCAAAAGUUAUAUCUUCGCCUACUCAUACAUUCUCAAUGACGUCUCCUCAUUCGCACGCACCUUCUAUUCAUUCAAUUCAUAAAACAUCUUUUGUUCCUACAUCUAACUUUGGACAAUCAAUCGUAUCAUCUGUUACUCCAAAUCCCAAGAUCUUACACCAUAAGUCAUCUACAAUGAUAGAUUUAUUAAGCGAUACAAAUACUGAAGAUUCCGAAAAAAAUGAAGCUACGACUAAUGAAUCAGAUAAUCCUUCUAGCAAAAUCUCUUCUCUUAAUAAACAAAUAAAAGAAUUAAAACAAACGCAUACCUCUAUCAAAGUAGAUUUAGAUGCAGUUAAUAUCCAAAAGCGCGAUAUUGAAGAAAAAUUAUCACAAAUUCAUACUUUAUAUAAUAAAGAACUAAAAGCAGUUCAAAAAAUACAGGAGCAUCUCGCAGAAUCUUAUACAUCUAAACAGAAAUUAAAACAAAAAUGUGUAGUUCUUGAAAAAAAAUUAUAUGCUUUACAAGAUCAAAAACAAAAACAACUUCAGGAUUUAGAACAUAGUACAAAUGAAAACAUAGAAUUAGAACAAAAAAUAAAAUCGAUGACUAAUCAAAUAUUUGCUUUAGAAGAAGAACUAGAAAAAAUAGAAAAAAAUAUAUUGGACCAAAAAACCAUGACGAUAAUAAACAGAAAACAAUUAUCCGCAUUUGAAGAUAAUUAUGCACAAUUGAAAACUAAUAUCGAAAAUAAUACAAAAAUGAACAAUAUCUUGAAGGAUACUAACUCGAAUUUUAUUUUGUCUCCUAAUAAUCAGUUAUCAAAUCCAUUUCAUCAAAUAUCAAAUUUUAAUGAAACGGAAUCAAUGUCACCAACAUUUAUUCCCAUUUGUAAUAAUGCAGACAUUAUAACUAAGCCAGACGCACAAAAUGAUUCUAUUAAAAAUUUUAAUAAAAUUGUUUGCAAUAAAGAACCAAAGGAAUCUUCAAAUACAAUAAAUGAUCAAUAUAUACAUAUGAAACAAAACCACCAACUAUCGGAACCAUGCAAUUCUGAAGUUCCAUCUUUGAUCACAUCAAGUUUUAUGGAAAAUAUUAUUCAAAAAGAUUUAUCAUCAAAUAUAGAUUUACGAGUCUUAAAAAGACAAAAUAGUUUAACAGAAUCUCUAGACUCAUCCGUUGUUGUUCAGCCUCCAGAAUCAACACCUGGUAAAUUAUCUAGAAUAAGUUCUUAUCCUGGAACUCCUACAGCAUGGAUUAUAAAUAAAAACAAUUCACCAAAAACAGGUGAUGAAUCUUGCUUAGACUUUGAAUCUGAUAAUAUUUUUUUAAAAGAUCCAGUCAAGAAACUCGAAUUUUACAAGAAAAAUACAUCUAAUAAUCUAAAAGCUAUAGAUACACCUACUCAUUCUAAAGAGAUUUCAAAAGAAUUAUUAAAUGAUACCGAAUCCAAAAAAGUAGUUUUCAAUAUGAAUAAUUUAAAUAAGGCAUUAUUACAUCCAUCUGAGAGUGAAAAAAUUACUUCAUUAAGUACAAGUAUUGAACUAAGUAACGUUUUAGAUAAAAAAAAUAACGUAGAAUACUUAGCUAUCCAGAAUAUAGUUACACAGGAGGAAAACAUAACAGGGACACUUCCAGGGACGUUUCCAAUAGAUUUCGAUAAUCAAAUAAUAAAUAACAAAGACAUCUAUCAAACUACCAAUAAGAUAAAGAGUGAAAAAGAUGAUAAAACAAAUAAAAAAACAGAAAGUGCUAUCUUUAAUUUAUUUUUAUCCCAAAAUAAAGACAACAAUACGUCUAAAAAAAAUAAAGCAGAUUUUGAUGAAGCAUUUGCAAAUUUCGUUGCAGAACCUGAAAAUUCGUCUAACGAUGAUAGUUUUGUAUCAAAAUUCCCGCCAAUUGACAAUUUUCAUAGUUCAUCAGAGUCUACUGAUAUAGAUGGUUUUAAUGAUUCAAAUGUUCAUGUUAAAAACAAAGACUCGGCUACUAAUAUGCCCAUAUUCGAUUCUGAUUAUAAUUUUUCUUGUAAAACAAAAGUUAUCGCAACAAAUGAAAAGGAUACGGUAGAUUCUAAUACAAAUAAGAUACCAAGAAAUAAUUCUAAAAAAAACCAAUCUGAGAAACUGCUGUCUUUAAAAAAUGCUCAAGCCUCAAAUAUUACACUAUACCCAGAAAAUACAGAAGAAAAAAACGAAGAUACGUUUUAUGGUCUUGUUGUAGCAGAAGAAGUUAACGGCUUUGAGAAUGAUUUUUGCACCCAAAAUCACGAACUUAAUACCUUUUUUACUGAACCUUUUUCUAAAGAAACAAAAAAUGAUUGGGUAAGCAUUGACUGCACAUCAUUCUCUCACCAAUUUAACGAUGAUAAACGUGCCUCUUUAAGUACUAAUCCAGAAACAAUCAAUUAG